AUGAAGUUAGAGGACGUACUGGAUGACUUGGCGGGGAGGUUUUUAAUGCAUCUUCCGGCCUGUGAAGAGAAGAAUGCUGAACGGUUCUUGUUUCAAGUGGAAGAGGCCCACUGGUUUUAUGAAGAUUACUAUCGUCGGAAGUAUAACUUUCCCUAUCUAAAUCUUAAAGAGUUCUUUAUUCUACUUAUGGGACACAGUCAGUACCUAAAGACACCAGGUGAACUAGAAGAUGAGUUUAAGAAGUUUUUGAAAUACAAAAAGGCGGUUCCCGUCUUUGGUGCCUUAAUCUUUAACGGGCCUAUGACUAAAAUACUAAUGGUAAGAGGCUUUGGGCCUAGAAAGACCUUUACUUUUCCCAGAGGCAAGAUCUGUAAGUCUGAGAAUGAAAUAGAUUGUGCAAUUAGAGAAGUUUAUGAAGAGGUUGGUUUUGAUAUUUCUGAUAAGAUAAUUCGCGGGUUAUCGCUUAAUAUGCAUACUAAACUAAGGGACUCCAAACUGUUUGUAAUUCUGAAUGUUCCCGAGAGUACUAAGUUUGUCACCCAGACCCGAAAUGAGAUAAAAGAGAUUAAAUGGAUCAAUUUGUCUUUGAUUGAGAGUAGUAAUGCCGAGACGCUUACUUACAUUAAGUCUUAUAUCAAAGAGAUUAAAAAUGUUGUCAAAAUGAUAGAACAGACGCGAAUUAAAUUGGAUAGAAAGAAGAUUAGGAAGGCUUUUGGUCUAUAA